UGCAAUCAUCUCAUCGGUGAAGUGUUCACUUCUUUAAGAAAUCGGUAGUAACCAACAUGAAGGCGUUCGUAGUGUUGUCCAUGGCUCUGGCCGUUGCAUCCUGUGCGGCAGUCGACGAUUCCACCAGCAAAAAGGAAAAACGAGGCCUCUGGGAAUUGAGCAACGAUCACGAUGACAUCGGAUACGAUCAUCAUUACGAUGAUCACUACGAUCAUAAAACCAUUAUCAAGACCAAGAACGUUCACGUCCCGUAUCCGGUUGAGGUUGAGAAGCACGUCCCGGUUCCGGUGAAGGUCCCAUACCCAGUCACGGUCGAAAAGAAGGUUCCAGUGGUCGUGGAAAAGAAAGUUCCAGUCUACGUUGAGAAGAAGGUCCCCGUUCACGUUGAUCGUCCAGUUCCGUACCCAGUCGAAGUGAAGGUCCCAGUCGUCCAGAAGGAAUACGUCGAAGUGCCAAAACCGUACGCAGUUCAUGUUGAGAAACCCUACCCAGUGUACGUCAGCAAACCGGUCUAUGUUGAAAAGUCGGUUCCAGUGACCGUUCACAUCAAGGAGCACAAGAAGCAUUGGGGUCAGUUUUAAGUUUUCGGAAAUGAGAUUGUAGAGAAGAAUAAAUGCGAAUGAUUGCAGUCAA